AUGUAUUAUUUCCUUAAAUCAGAAUGGGUUGACUUGUGGGAUGUUGUAGAAAAUGGGCAAUUCACCCCAACUAAAAUUGUUAAUGGUGUGCAUGUAGCUAAGCCUAAGGGUGAAUGGAGUGAGCAAGAGAAAAGAAGAGUGGCUUUAAAUGAUAAGGCUAUUCAUGUUCUAUUUUGUGCAUUAAGUAGAAGUGAAUAUAAUAAAGUGUGCAUGAAGUUUUCUACAAAAGAAAUUUGGGAUGCUUUAGUAGUUACUCAUGAGGGUACUAGUCAAGUAAAGGAGAAUAAGAUGGAUUCCCUUAUCUACCAAUACGAAUUGUUCAAGUUGAAGUCGAAUGAAACCAUAAGUGAAAUGUAUUAUAGAUUUGUGGAGAUUAUAGGAGGAAUUAAAUCUCUUGGGAAGACAUUCACAAAUGAGGAGCUGGUAAAGAAGAUUUUAAGAAGUCUUCCUAAGAAGUGGCUACCUAAAGUAACUUCACUCAAGGAUUCCAAGGACUUGAACAAGGUACAACUUGAUGAGCUCUUAGGAAAUCUCAUUGACUAUGAGAUGACCCUCAAAAGAGAGCAAGUGGAGGAACCUAAGAAAGCCAAAAAGACCAUGGCCUUUAAAGUAUUUUCUGAAGACUCAAGUGAUGAAGAUGAUGAAUUUGAUGAGGAAGAAUUGGCUCUAAUGAUGAGGAGAAUAAGGAAGAUGCUAUUCCAAAAUAAGAAGUUCAUUCCAAAUAGGAACUUCAAGAAGGACAAGGGAGAAAGUAGCAAGAGGGAUCCUCCCAUAUGCUUUGAAUGCAACAAACCGGGUCACAUUAGAACGGAUUCUCCCAAAUUAAAGAAGCCUUUCAAGAAGUUCAAGAAAAAGGCAAUUAAAGCAACAUGGGAUGAAUCAAGUGACUCCGAAGAUGAGGAGAUUGGUGAUCAAGUUGCCCAAAUAUGCUUCAUGGUAAUGGAGGAAAACUCCAAUGAGGUAACUUUAAAUGAUGAUGUUGUUGAAUUUUCUUAUGAUGAACGAGUUAAUGCUUUUAAAGUUAUGAAUGAUGAACUAGAAUUAAGUCAUAAGAGAAAUAAACUUUUGAAAAGUGAGCUUGCUAGUUUAAGAAAGGACAAUGAGACCUCCUCUAAGGUGUGCUUGAAAUCCUCAAAGCUUGAAAGAAAGUGGUACUUGGAUAGUGGAUGUUCAAGACACAUGACCAGAAAUUCCAAUCUCUUCCUUUCACUUGAAAAGAAAGAUGAAGGUGGGCAAGUGACUUUUGGUGAUAAUGGUAAAGGUAAAAUUAUGGGAAUAGGUAAGGUUGGUAAGGAAAACUCCCCUAUUCUUGACAAAGAGCUUUUGGUUGAUGGUUUAAAACAUAAUUUGCUUAGUGUUAGUCAAUUAUGUGAUAAGGGUUAUAGAGUUGUUUUUGAGUCUAAAUCUUGCUUUGUGUCUAGGAUGAGUGAUAACAAAAUGUUGUUUAUUAGUGAAAGAAUUGAAAAUAUAUAUGUUGUCGAUUUGCAUGCUUUGUCUAACAAAGAUGUCAAGUGCUUUGUUUCUAUUAGUAAUGACUCUUGGACUUGGCAUAGAAGGCUUCCACAUGCUAGCAUGGACCUUCUUGCAAACUUGAACAAGGAUGAGCUAGUUGAUGGGCUACCAAAGAUUAAGUUUCAAAAGGAUAAAGUUUGUAAUGCAUGCCAAAUGGGUAUCUUUUUGGGGUACUCUACAUCUAGUAAAGCAUAUAGAGUCUUUAAUAAGAGAACCUUAGUUGUUAAGGAGUCAAUUCAUGUUGUAUUUGAUGAAGCUAAACCCUUUAGUCCUAGAAAGGAUAUUUCUUGUGAUGAUGAUGUUGUAGGUAAUCUUGAUGAGUUGACUAUUGAAGAUCUUUAA